AUGGGAGGCGCUGCCAUCACUACCGAACCUGACUCUUCCAACUCCACGCUUCCGCUGCCUUCUCAGAAAAAUGACGGCCAAUCAGAGAAUGUCAAAGAAGAAGAAGAAGAAGAGAAAGGUGAGUGUGGGUUUUGCUUAUUCAUGAAAGCAGGUCCAUGUGGAGAGAGAUUCACAGCUUGGGAACAGUGCGUUAAAGAGUCUGAGAAGAACAAGGAUUAUGCUGCUGCAAAGUGUGUUGAGGUCUUCAAAACUUUGGAUGAGUGUAUGAAGGAGAAUCAAGAUUACUAUGAUUUUUUCUUGAAGGCCGAGAAAGCAGAAUUGGAGAAGGAAGAGGAUUUGAUGAGUCAGAGCUCAGAGCACAAAGCCAGUUCAAUUGGGGAUUAUACUGACAAGCAAGAAGGUUAG